AUGAGUGUAAACGUGUUAGAUUUAAAUCACCAAGAACUAUGUGAACUAACAAACUCAACACUUUCAAGAAUUUUAAGCACAGAUCCUUUAAUGAGCGAUUUACCUGGUGACAUACAUUUAGAAGAAAUACAAGCACAGAUAGCUGCUGUUAAGGGCCAGUAUUUAACAGUACAAGUUGUGCGAACGGAACAAGAAACCUUAAAAAUAAUGAUUCCAGAAAGAGGUUCGACCGUGUUAGAUUUAAAAAAAGCAAUCAAACGACACUUUGAACUUCAACAAAUUCGAAACAAAGAUAAAACCAAAAUAUCCUGGAAGUAUAUAUGGAGGACUUAUUAUUUGCAAUUGGAAAACAGAGUUUUGGAAAAUGAUAAUGUCGUAUUGAAGGAUUUUGGUUUGAGAAAUAAUUCAAAAUCAAGUUUGUUAAACGGAGACGAAUGAAACAUAUGAAAUAAAGACAUCAUGUUCAGUAUUUUAUACUCAGACAAAAAUCAUUAUUGGAGACU